AUGGAAAUAAAUUUUCAUCAGUUAUUUAAAUCAAGUUCUUUGAUAAUGAUACGACCAAUUUUUCGUCCACUUUGCUGUCCCAUCUAUCGCCCCCUGGCUUUCCCGAAAUGGAGCUGCGUUCAUAUUAGAUUUGCGGGUCAUUCCAAGUGGGCUAAUAUUAGACAUGACAAAGCUAAGAAUGAUGCAAAAAAAUCCAAAGAAGCAACAUUGAUUGCAACCAAGAUAGAAAGUUGUGUACGAAUAGGAGGUAAAGAAGCCAAUGCAAGCUUGGACCAGCUAUUAGAAAAGGCCAAGAAACUCAACGUGUCAAAGCAAGUUGUUUCAAAUGCAAUCAAAAGGGGUGCUGGUGAGCUAAAUGAUGGCUCAGCUAACCAGACGGAAGUGACUUAUGAAUUCAUGGGACCUGGUGGUGUUGCAGUUAUAGUCUCUGCUAUUACUGAUAACAAAGCACGUACGGUUAUGAGAGUCAAAUCGGCUAUGGCAUAUUUUCAAGCAUCAUUAAGUCCAUGUAAUUUUAUGUUUGAGAAAAAGGGAGAGAUACUUAUUGAACCCAAAGCUGGAUCAGAUGAGACAUUUGAUGAUGUCUUUGAAGUUGCAUUAGAUUUGGGUGCCGAAGACCUUGAAGAGGUUGAAUUUCCAGAUGAAUUUAUUCCAGAUAAAAAGUACAAAUUUUAUCGUAUCAUUUGUGACCCGUUAGAGAUCCAUAGAGUCAGUAAUGAGCUUAGUUCUAAAGGGUAUAAAUUGCAUGAAAGUGCAGUGAGAUAUUUAGCAAAUAAGGAUGGAGAGGUUCAAUUUCCUGAGGAGUAUUCAAAAGGGUAUUAUAGAGCUCUUGAUAAUUUAGAUCAAACACCUGAAGUGCUAGACUAUUAUACCAACAUUGAAAAUGAGCACGAGAACAGAAUCAUGUCCUCGGUCAAUUGA